AUAUGCCUUGUUUUUCACUCAUUCAUAUCUCUUUUCUUUCUUCAUCAAAUCAUAUCAUAUCCUUCCCAUUCUUUUCUCUCCAAAUCAAAAUUUUGGAUACAUAGAGAGAGAGAGAGAGGAAAAAGAUGAAGAAAGAAACUAAAAUUUCAAUGGGAAUCAUCUCAAAACCUCUUCAAGAUUCUACCAUAAACUCACCAAACAGCAACAAUGGCAGUGGUACUUCCCCACCACUAACCCCAAGAUCUGAAGUAGCUAAUAACCCUUACCCAACAACCUUUGUUCAAGCAGACACUUCAUCGUUCAAGCAGGUUGUCCAGAUGCUCACUGGUUCCUCGGACGCCGCUAAAAACCCAUCCUCCUCCUCCGCCGCCGCCGCCAAGGGAUUCCCCAUACCCCCGAACAAGACCCCUCCCAAGAAACAGGGGUUCAAGCUCUACGAGAGAAGGAACAGCCUCAAGAAUGGCCUAAUUAUAAGCCCUUUGAAUUCCGGGUCGUUCUUGAAGCCGGAGGUUCUGUCUCCGAGCAUUCUUGAUUUUCCGGCGCUCGUUCUCAGCCCCGUCACGCCGUUGACCGCAGACCCGUUCGACAAGUCGUCUUCGUCUGAGGAGGAGAAAGCGAUUGCUGAGAAGAAGUUUUACUUUCAUCCAUCUCCGAGGACCGAUACUCCUAGAGACUCUCAGCCGCCGCCGCAGCUCCUCCCUCUUUUUCCGGUCACUUCGCCCCGAGUUUCCGACACUUCUUCUUCUUCUUCUUGAGGAUAGUUAAUUACUACAAUGCCCUUCUCAUCUAUGGGAAGAAACUAGGCUAAAAGAGUUGUUUAAUUCUGUAAUUUGAUUUCAACAAAGUAAUAUCUCUUUCUUUUGAUCAUUUGCUUCA